GAGUGGAGUUGUACAGCGCAUGACAUGGGUAGAUCGAAUCCAGGACUGGGUUGUGUACCUGAAUAUACCAGCAGAUAUUUGUGAUACUUACAAAUUAUGUGGUGCUUAUGGCAGAUGCAAUAUUGGAAAUUCUCCUUCAUGUGGAUGUCUUGAUAAAUUUGUGCCAAAAGAUGCACAAGAUUGGAUUAGGUCAGAUUGGUCAAAUGGGUGCAUCCGAAGGAAACCCUUGAAUUGUUCAAAGGGUGAUGUAUUUUUGAAGUAUUUUGGAAUUAAAUUACCUGACUCGCGAUAUUCUAGGUUUAACAAGAACAUGACAAUUGAAGAAUGCAAAGUGGAGUGUUUAAAGAAUUGCUCUUGCAUGGCAUACACACAAUUAGAUAUUAGCAAAGAGGGAAGCGGAUGCUUAUUUUGGUUUGGAGACCUAGUUGACAUCAGAGAUCUAUCUGUCAACGGACAAGAUAUUUACAUUAGAAUGGCUUCUUCCGAGUUUGAUACGAAAGGAAAAAGAAGAAAACUAUUGAUAUUGAGUUUGACAUCAUUGAUGGGAAUGAUUCUGCUGGGCCUGAGCUCGAUGCUGUAUUACUGGAAAAAGAAAAAAAGUUACAAAAAGACAGCAAGAGCAAGCCAUAACGAAGACCAUGAGCUGCCAUUGUUCGACUUAUCUACAAUUUCAAAGGCCACCAAUAACUUUUCAAUCAACAACAAGCUUGGACAAGGUGGAUAUGGGCCUGUUUAUAAGGGGAUGCUGGAAGACGGUCAAGAUAUUGCUGUGAAAAGGUUGUCAAAAACAUCCAUGCAAGGACUUGAUGAAUUCAUGAAUGAAGUUAUUUGUAUUGCCAAACUUCAGCAUCGAAAUCUUGUGAAGCUUCUAGGAUGCUGCAUUCAGGGACAGGAGAAGAUGUUGAUCUAUGAAUACAUGCCCAACAAAAGCCUGGACUUGAUUUUAUUUGAUCAAACAAGAUGUACAUUACUUAAUUGGCCUAAGCGCCUCCAAGUUGUUAAUGGAGUUGCUCGAGGACUUAUGUAUAUUCAUCAAGAUUCCCGGUUGAGAAUUAUUCAUAGAGACCUCAAAGCAAGCAACAUAUUACUAGAUAUUGACAUGGAUCCAAAGAUAUCAGAUUUCGGAAUUGCUAGAACUUUUCGAGAGAAUGAGAACGAAGUUUUAACAAGCAAAGUGGUUGGAACAUACGGCUACAUGUCACCUGAAUAUGCAGUGCAUGGUCGGUUCUCAGUAAAAUCAGAUGUAUUUAGCUUUGGUGUUUCGGUGCUAGAAAUUGUGAGUGGCAAGAGAAAUAGUGGAUUUUCUGCUGAAGAUCAACACCUCAACCUUCUUGGACAUGCAUGGACACUUUAUAAGGAUGGAAGGUCAUUUGAACUAGUUGACCCUUAUCUACGUGACUCGGCUAAUCCAUCUGAAGUUCUACGAUUAAUCCACAUGGGUCUUUUAUGCGUUCAACAGUGUCCAGAUGAUAGACCAAGCAUGACUACUGUGGUUGCAAUGUUGGACAAUGAAAUUGCAUUACCUCCGGCAAAUCAGCCCGGUUUUUUCACAGAAAGAGAUGCAUUUUUAACUGAAAGUAUAGCUAGCAAUUCAUUAUGUGGGACCACCAUUACCCAGCUGGAACCAAGAAAACAAUUAGCCAUGAAGAAAUCUACCAAAGAUAUGUCAUUUAUUAUUGUCUUACUAUUUUUACUGUCCAUCUCGAAGAUUUCCACUGCAAUUGAUACCAUCAAUACAACUCAGAUCCUCAGAGAUGGUGACACCCUAGUUUCAUAUGGGGGAGUCUUUGAACUGGGAUUUUUUAGCCCAGGUAACUCCAGGAAUCGGUACGUGGGAAUUUGGUACAAGAAGAUACCUGGUAACACUGUGGUUUGGGUUGCCAACAAGGAAACUCCGCUAACAAGUGUAUCAGGCAUCUUGAAGGUCAUUGAGCCAGGUUUGUUAGCUAUUCUGAACAACACUAAUAACAUAGUAUGGUUUUUGAAUACUUCAACAGUUGCUCAAAAUCCAAUUUUGCAAUUGUUGGACUCAGGAAACCUGGUCCUUAGAGAAGCAAGGGAUGAUAAUCCAGAGAAUUUUCUUUGGCAGAGUUUUGAAUAUUUAAGUGAUACAACUCUACCAAGCACAAAAUUUGGUUUGAAUUAUGUAACAGGUAGAGAGAGCUUUCUGACAUCAUGGAAGACCAAUGAAGAUCCAUCUCCAGGAAAUUUUACAUUUCACUUGGAUACAACUGGAUAUCCUCAGGGCAUCAUAAAAAGAGGUAAUCUAAUCGUGUGUAGAAUUGGGCCCUGGAAUGGCAUUCGUCUUAGUGGGAUACCAAAUGCAAGGCAGGAUCCAACAUACGCAUAUGGAUUAUUCAUGAGCAAGAACAGGACAUACUAUUGGGAAGAAGCCAUUGACAAGUCGGUUAUUUCAAGGGUUACUCUGAGUCAGAGUGGAGUUGUACAGCGCAUGACAUGGGUAGAUCGAAUCCAGGACUGGGUUGUGUACCUGAAUAUACCAGCAGAUAUUUGUGAUACUUACAAAUUAUGUGGUGCUUAUGGCAGAUGCAAUAUUGGAAAUUCUCCUUCAUGUGGAUGUCUUGAUAAAUUUGUGCCAAAAGAUGCACAAGAUUGGAUUAGGUCAGAUUGGUCAAAUGGGUGCAUCCGAAGGAAACCCUUGAAUUGUUCAAAGGGUGAUGUAUUUUUGAAGUAUUCUGGAAUUAAAUUACCUGACUCGCGAUAUUCUAGGUUUAACAAGAACAUGACAAUUGAAGAAUGCAGAGUGGAGUGUUUAAAGAAUUGCUCUUGCAUGGCAUACACACAAUUAGAUAUUAGCAAAGAGGGAAGCGGAUGCUUAUUUUGGUUUGGAGACCUAGUUGACAUCAGAGAUCUAUCUGUCAACGGACAAGAUAUUUACAUUAGAAUGGCUUCUUCCGAGUUUGAUACGAAAGGAAAAAGAAGAAAACUAUUGAUAUUGAGUUUGACAUCAUUGAUGGGAAUGAUUCUGCUGGGCCUGAGCUCGAUGCUGUAUUACUGGAAAAAGAAAAAAAGUUACAAAAAGACAGCAAGAGCAAGCCAUAACGAAGACCAUGAGCUGCCAUUGUUCGACUUAUCUACAAUUUCAAAGGCCACCAAUAACUUUUCAAUCAACAACAAGCUUGGACAAGGUGGAUAUGGGCCUGUUUAUAAGGGGAUGCUGGAAGACGGUCAAGAUAUUGCUGUGAAAAGGUUGUCAAAAACAUCCAUGCAAGGACUUGAUGAAUUCAUGAAUGAAGUUAUUUGUAUUGCCAAACUUCAGCAUCGAAAUCUUGUGAAGCUUCUAGGAUGCUGCAUUCAGGGACAGGAGAAGAUGUUGAUCUAUGAAUACAUGCCCAACAAAAGCCUGGACUUGAUUUUAUUUGAUCAAACAAGAUGUACAUUACUUAAUUGGCCUAAGCGCCUCCAAGUUGUUAAUGGAGUUGCUCGAGGACUUAUGUAUAUUCAUCAAGAUUCCCGGUUGAGAAUUAUUCAUAGAGACCUCAAAGCAAGCAACAUAUUACUAGAUAUUGACAUGGAUCCAAAGAUAUCAGAUUUCGGAAUUGCUAGAACUUUUCGAGAGAAUGAGAACGAAGUUUUAACAAGCAAAGUGGUUGGAACAUACGGCUACAUGUCACCUGAAUAUGCAGUGCAUGGUCGGUUCUCAGUAAAAUCAGAUGUAUUUAGCUUUGGUGUUUCGGUGCUAGAAAUUGUGAGUGGCAAGAGAAAUAGUGGAUUUUCUGCUGAAGAUCAACACCUCAACCUUCUUGGACAUGCAUGGACACUUUAUAAGGAUGGAAGGUCAUUUGAACUAGUUGACCCUUAUCUACGUGACUCGGCUAAUCCAUCUGAAGUUCUACGAUUAAUCCACAUGGGUCUUUUAUGCGUUCAACAGUGUCCAGAUGAUAGACCAAGCAUGACUACUGUGGUUGCAAUGUUGGACAAUGAAAUUGCAUUACCUCCGGCAAAUCAGCCCGGUUUUUUCACAGAAAGAGAUGCAUUUUUAACUGAAAGUAUAGCUAGCAAUUCAUUAUGUGGGACCACCAUUACCCAGCUGGAACCAAGAUGAAAGGAAAGAAUAUUUUCUUGGCCCAUUGAUUACUAGUUCACUUAUCUCUUUUGAACUCUGUAUUAGCACUUUUGCACAACAAAAAUGCGCAACUAAAUUUGCUAUUCUAGAAUCAGUUUCAAAG